CCCUCCCUGAGCGGGACUCCGGCUUUUACAGCCCAUAGUUCAUCGUUUACGAGAUAAGAGUUACCCCAGGUAACCCUUAGGGUUAACCCACCCUAAGGUGCCCAGGACAGCAGGUUGUCCAACCGUCCUACAAGCCUAGUGUUCCCCACCCCAUGAGUCAGUGGAACAGGAGAGGCGAAGAGAAGAUAUUUGUGCGCACACCUUUAUCAGGUUCUAUAACCUGGCCCUGGACCUCACUGCAGGGUCAGAGGUCCUACAAGGUUUUUGAUGUUCUGCUCCCAGACUGCUCAUGCUCUCUCACAGCCUCUGGCACAGUCAUCGGGCGAUUUUCAAAGCCAUGGAUGCACCAAUAUGUUUGAUUAGCAGCGAUUCUAACGGACAGCUAUGCGUUGCAAAGGAAGCUAAACAAAUACUGGAUGAGAUCAUUCAGCCAGUUGUUGUAGUGUCUGUAGUGGGGCUGUACCGUACGGGGAAGUCUUACCUCAUGAACCGCCUAGCAGGACACCAAACAGGCUUUGCUCUGGGCAGCACCAUAGAGUCAAAAACUAAAGGCAUCUGGAUGUGGUGCGUUCCACACCCCAUUAAGAAAGGACACACUCUGGUGCUGCUUGACACUGAGGGACUUGGGGAUGUGCACAAGGGUGAUGAGAAGCAUGACACAUGGAUAUUCUGCCUGGCUCUCUUGCUCAGCAGCACUCUGGUCUACAACAGCCUUUCCGUUAUAGACAACAAUGCACUCGAGAAGCUACACUAUGUGACAGAACUCACUGAGCACAUCAAAGUGAAAGCACAGAGAGGUAGUGAUGAUGACGAGUCAGCAGAGUUCAUGAGACUUUUCCCUUCUUUCAUCUGGUCUGUGCGAGACUUCACACUGAAGUUGGAGAAGGACGGCAGGGUCAUCACAGCUGAUGAAUAUCUGGAAAGUGCUUUGGAACUUAAACCAGGUAAUUCCUCUCAGGUUGAGAAGUUCAACCUCCCCAGGCGCUGUUUGCGACACUUUUUUGCAGAACGACGGUGUUUUGUAUUUCCACGGCCAGCCAACGAUGAUGAUCUAGCAAGAAUGGAGGAGCUAUCUGAAACAGAUCUUGAUGAAAGGUUUCUGCAGCGUGCUGAUGACUUCUGCUCCUAUGUGUUUAACAAUGCCAAACCAAAAACCUUAACAGGGGGGCGGAUUCUUAUUGGCAGUGCCCUGGCAUGUCUGGCAGAGGUGUAUGUGGGGGCAAUUCGUAAUGGUGAGGUUCCUUGUCUGGAUAGUGCAGUGGUGGCUUUGGCCCAGAUCCAGAAUGAGCGGGCAGUGGAACAGGCCUUGCUGGUCUACCGGAGUCAGCUUUAUGAGAAGGUGUGCUUUCCACUUGCCCCAUCUGAGCUAUCUGAUAUCCACACAAAUGCAGAGAAGGCAGCGAUCGACACCUUCAUCAAUACUUCCUUCAAUGACAAUGAGCAAAAAGCACAGCUGAAGCUUAUGGAAGAUAUCCACACUUUGUAUGCGGAGCUGUGUGGUCAGAAUCAACAGGAGUCUAUGAAUGUUUGUAAGGCGACGCUGACCGAGAUAUUUUCUCCACUAGAUGAGGAUAUUAAUGACGGCACAUUUAUGCGCCCUGGAGGAUACAAAGCAUACCGUGAUAAACUCCAGAACUUAACAAAUGAAUACAAAGCACGCACACACAAACAGUUGAUGAGUGAGGAAGUGGUGAGUGAGUAUCUGAAGGAGAAGGAUCAGUUUGGAAAGACUAUUCUUUUAAGUGAUCAGUGCCUCACUGAAGCAGAGAGAAAAAAUGAAGUGGAGUGUUUGAAAAAGGAGCUUCUAGAGCAGAAGAAUAAAUCUUUAGAGGAGAUGAAGGAGUUCCAAGAGCAGGUGUUGAAGGACCAACAGAAGACCUAUGAGCAGAAUGUAACCCAGAUGUUGGAACGCAUAAACCAAGAGAACGAGAGAGCAAAAGCAGACAAUGAACGAGUGCUGGAGGCAAAACUUAAGGAACAAAAGGCUCUGUUAGAAGAAGGGUUUAAGGACAGAGCGGAUCUGAUGAAGAAAGAGAUUGAAAGUCUGAAAUCGGAGAUGCAGACAGAGGACGAGUUAAAGCGCUCUACACUCAGUACAGUAGUGGAUACUCUGGGCACUGCAGCAAGUUUGUUCCUGCCUGGAAUCAUCCCUAAAGUGGCCGGAAUGGCUGCAUCGUAUCUCUCACGAUUCUUUUGAUCACUUAUUUAGAUCAAUGCUCCCUAUCUUCCUUAGAUUUUAGUUAUAGUUGCAUACUGUGGGGCAAACAUUUCUUAUUAUUUGCUAUAAAUGUUAAACCUUACAGUAAAAAAACCUAUAAUCCCAGUGUGAAAGGUUGCACAUUGGAAUAUCGAUCAAAUAACAAACCAAAAGUGGUGUUACCCUUUUACCAUGAAAUUUAGAAUGGAUGUAGUUGUAGUAAUGAAGAUUUCUGUUUGAGGCACCAUGACUAAGGCAACAAUGCAUAAUGCUGACUGCCUUUAAUAUUUAAUUUUUUUUUAUUAUUCUUUUAAAUUCUUUUUUCUUUUAAGUUAUCAAGAUAUGUAGUCUCUUCUAGCCAUUUGUUGAUGAUGAUUAUAGUUUAUUGGAUUAAAUCUGAUGAUAAUGAUAUAAUAUUAGUAAUGAGUAAUUUAUGCUUUAUUAGACCACAAUCUGCAAACUGUACCCAGUGUGAUCAUGCUAAUAUUUAGGUAGAAGUAAUGAUUGUAUACGGUCAGAAUUGUUUUUCUUUUUCCUAAUACCUUGUUAAUUCUGUACUUCUGUGCUUUGCCAUUGAAAAUCUAAAUCAUGUGCCAUUACUAUAUAAAUACUAUAUCACUAUAUUAUAAUGAAUUUUUAGUCUUACUCAACUCUAAGACUCCGAAAUCCAUCAUAGCCAUCUUUACAUAGUUUAUUGAUAUUUAAUUUUAACAUAAUGCUUAAAAUAUCCUUUAAUUGCUCAUUAAUUGAAUACUUGAAAUGAAACCCCCAUUUCUGGACCCUGGAUGAAGUGUUUAUCAUGUUUACAUAUAUUACAGCAUGUUUUAUCAUUAUAUAGUAUUCUAUCAAUAAUGUUAUGAGUGGGGAAAUCAUAAACCCCCAAAAUACUAUUGUUUGUAUGUCAUGGUUGUGUGUGUUUUGACUCUCAUCGAAAAUGCACUGAUUUAAAAAUAAAGUUUAGCUAUAUGUA